GCCCUCGCCCUGCGGCUGUAAGAUAGCCUCAUUACUUUGUCCAGUUGUCCCCAAAACAUCGAAAACUAUACGGGAUAUAAAAACCCAAACAUCAACUGUUCAUCUCUCACAGCACAAAAACCCUUCGCAAAACCCUCUCUAUAGCCAGUGCUGUGUCUCAUAUCUUCGUGUCUGCGACAAUGAGCAAAGGACCUGGACUCUUUUCUGAAUUCGGCAAGAAAGCCAAAGAUGUACUGACCAGGGACUACAGUGACGAGCAGAAGUUUAGCAUCUCCAGUUCUAGCUACACUGGAUUGCAUCUUACUUCGAAAUUAGUCCAGAAGGGGGGUCUAUCGUCUGGGGAUGUGGCAGCACAAUACAAACACAAGAACACCACAAUUGAUGUCAAACUUGACACAGAAUCAAAUAUCUUAACAACCCUCACCAUCGCAGAUUUCCCAUCAUCCACGAAAUCUAUUGCUUCGGUCAAACUCCCUGAUUACAGCUCUGGCAAGUUGGAGGUUCAGUACUCUCAUCAACAUGCUACUUUUACUACAGCUGUUGGUGUGAAGCAAUCCCCUGCUGUUGACGUUUCUGCUACUGUGGGUACACCCACCAUUGCAUUUGGAGCAGAGGCGAGUUAUGUGACAGCUUCUGGUGAAUUUUUAAAAUAUAAUACUGGAGUAUGCUUGACGAACCCAGAUUCCAUCGUUACAGUGAUUCUAGCUGACAAAGGAGACUCGGUACGUUUCUCAUAUCUGCAUCAUCUAACACAGCUUAAUGGAGGUGCUGUGGUAGGGGAUAUAAGCCGAAGGUUCUCCACCAAUGAAAAUACGUUAACUGUUGGAUGCUCAUAUUCUGUUGAUCCACACACAGUCGUGAAAGCAAAGCUUAACAACCAUGGUAAUCUUGGUGCCCUUUUACAGCAUGAGAUCAAACCUAAGUCCUUCCUGACAAUCUCUGGUGCCUUUAACACCAACACCUUGGAAAAGACUCCAAAGUUCGGCCUGGCGCUCUCUCUCAAGCCUUGAAGGCUCAUAUUAUUCUUGACAACUUUGCAACUCACAUUAUUUCGUCAAUUUCUUCGCCUCUCUUGCAGGUGCAUUAUAAUUUCCAAAUGGUAUUCCUUGCAACUUUUUUGGACAGGGUUUCUUAUUUUACUUGUUUGGAAAGAAUAGCUCCAAAUUGCCUAAACUUUCCCCUGUUCAUUCAUGUUGAGUGCAGAUUUUGAUUUCAUUGAAAUGGCAAAUGACUUGAAUUCAUUUCAUAUUAUAUUCUAAUCCAUGGUUAGUAA